AAGGAAAAUUUUUCCAGACUCAUUCAGUGUUAGGGGAAAAAAUGGAGCUAGAAGAGCUGGGUCAGUUCCUUCUUCAACCUGUCCUGAGAAACACUGGGGCUCACACACAAGUAUUCAGGCUCCCCACGGACACAGGGAAUCCUGAGCCAAUGUAAAGAAACUCGUUAAAUGUGUGGCUCUAGAAACAUAGCCUCUAGGUGGUUAAUGAUGGAGAUAUGGACUCUAUGUGAAUCUUAAUUUUUGCAACUCAUUAGAGCUUUGUGAUGAAAGGAAACAGUUUGCUGCUUGCUUCAAGGGUAGGUUCAUUUGCAUUUCUCUGCAAGGAAGUAGUAAUGAGUCACCAAGCCUUAGAUUUCACCCCUUCUUGAUUUCUUGCUGAGUUAACUUUAAUUGAAUGCAAGAGUUAUCAUAAAUGAAUUGUCUUGAAAAUAAAUGCCAUUAAAGAAGGAUGAGUGGAAGAUGGGGUUUAGGGAAGACGGGGCUUAGGGAAGAUGGAGCUUAGCGAAGAUGGGGCUUAGGAAAUGGAAAAAGGACCACAGGACUAGUCCUAUAUAAAUGAGUCUGUACUGGAAAACUUUUGGAUUUGACAGUAUGUAGAUUACUCCAUAGCACAAGGAAAACGCUUACAAAUGUGAGGUGAUAAGCUUUCCUAUAACAUUCAGUUAACAGACCUGGCCAAUACAAUUUCCUUUGGAAUAUCAGAGUUACAAAGGACCCCAGAGGUAAACUGAGGAGAUGAAAGAAAUCCUUGAAAAAAAGACCCUGGAUUAGGAGUGAACAGAGCGAAGUCAGGCUGUUUUUCCCCUUCCCAGAAUAUCUUUCUGGGAUGCUCCCUUUCUUCACGUAGAAAAUAAAGAUAUGCUUACUAAAUUUAAAAACAAAAGUCACUUUUAUACAUACUUACACAAAAUGUACAUGACUAAUGGGGAACCACUAUUUCAAUUCUUUUAAGAAAUGGCUGCAUGAUAACAAGAAUUCGAUUAUAUGUACCUUGGCCAGUAUUUUUGCCUAGAACACGUAUCUUUUGUCACAUUAUUAUAAAAGACUUCUGUUGGGGAAUCGUUCAGUAGCUGUUCCUAAGAAAUAAGUUGUUUUGUUGUUGUUUGUUUUUUGUUAAAUCCAGAAAGUUUUGUGUUUUUAGAAAUUUAUUUUACUAUUUUCCAAGCAAAAGAGAGCCAUUGCAUAUUCACUAAAAUUUGAGUGCUCCCAAGUUUUAUUUAAUAAUUACUCAUGCUUAAAAUAUAUUUACAUGAUUUUUAACGGGGAAAAUGUCAGUGAGUGCAUUUUUGCCUUUAUUGCCAAUUAAUUCUUCUCAGAACUGAGCAAUAAAGAAAGAAAGAAAAAAAAAAAACCAAGCCCAUUGUCGUUGAGUUGAUUCCGAGUCAUAGUGACCCUAUAUGACAGAGUAGAACUACUCUAUGGGAUUUCCAAGGAGUGGCUGGUGGAUUCGAAGUACCGACAUUUUGGUUAGCAGCCAAGUUCUUAACCACUGUGCCACCAGGGAGGUGUACAAAUUCUUGGAGUCGAAGGUCUAAAUUGAAGACAUCAUAAGCCUCAUUAAUGCAUGGUCAUUUUGAAAAAGGAAACCCUGGUGGCAUAAUGGUUAAGAGCUAAAGCUGCUAACCAAAAGAUUGGCAGUUCGAAUCCACCAGCCGCUCCUUGGAAACCCUGUGAGGCAGUUCUGCUUUGUCCUAUAGGGUCGUUAUGAGUCGGAAUCGACUCCACGGCCACGGGUUUGGUUUUUUGGGCUUUUUUUGAAAAAAAGGCAAGAAAUACCUAAGACCCUCCCAUCCCUGUCACAGUUCCCUGGUUCAUUAAAGAUUCAAGAUAAGUAACUGAAAGGGUUUAUUUGAAUCAGCCUUUCACAUGCAAGGAAUAUUGUAGGAAACAUCAUCCCACAUGUUGUUAAAAGCAUCCUGAUUUUGCUGGCAGGAAUACGAACAUCUGUUGUGUGGAAAGAAAAAGUUUCAUGCAAAUUACACAGUCAAAGGAGGGAAGGGAUGUUCAAGUUGAGAAACCAGGGACAUUAUUUCUUGUAACUGUACUAUGAGUCAGCACGUUUUUAAUCUUCUAGAUAAUAUAUGGAAAUGUAGUGAGGUGAUAGGGAACAGCGUUCAUUUUACUUUUGCAUUAUUUUAUUUUCUUGUGGGUGUGCAUAUGUGUGACUUCAUGGCAUCGACGUUUCUGUUUUUAAAUGAGGAUACAGUAAAUUGUAAUCUGUGGAAGGCUGACUGGAAUCAGCAUACCAGUAGCUUUAGAAAGCAGCUUCCGCCCCAGCGAAGAGUGCAAGAGCGAUGGAACCCCAUGUUCCUGGAAGUUUGCACAUCAGAGUAAACAAACUUGAAAACCCCUCUUGAUAGCAGAAUUCACCCAGCCUUGUUCCAUUUUCUCUUAACAAAACACACCGCAAAAGCUCUCACAAGUUGCUUUGAUGAAGCCACAUGUAUUUCCCCCUUCACAAUUUACAGGAAGUUACUCUUAAAAGAAAGUGAUUCUCGUGUUUACUGCCUGUGUUAAAGAGACAGAGUUCCUUUUUAUUUUUGAUAAUGUUUGAGUGAAAUAUAGAAACAAUUUGUAGACUGUUGUAGAUGGUGUGUGAAUAAGACCAAAGCAAAAAUCUGCGGUGCUGUUAGAGCAAAAUUUCUGCUCUAAACAGUAGCCUUACUACUUGGAGACUACAAUUCGAAGAUGACCAGGUAUUGAUUGUAUAAGAAAAUGUCUGAAGUCUAAAGAAAAGGUGAUACCUCUUAAAAAGAGAGAGAGAGAGAGAGAGAAACUUUCUGUAGCAGGAUAAGGAAUGUCUUUAUAGUUUCAGUAAGAGCGUAUAUUUUAAUUUUUCUACUUCUUACCUCGGCCUUUUCACCCAUUGUCUUUAGGGCAAGCUCUGAAUCUUUCGUUACGCGUUGCCUUUAAAGAACAACAUUCUUCCUGUUCUUUUUCCAAAAACACACGGCUGUGGCUCUGUGUGUGGUGUUUUAGCCAGCCUUCUCACAGAUAAGAGGGGUUCCCUCUCCUCUCCUUUGGCUUGAAAGAAAAGUGCAGGGCUGAACAUGUUUAUCAAGAGGAAAAGUGACUUCUCAGUGGACUGUCAAAUUCUGGCUUCUGUCCCGGUGUUCACUUUGUUAUGGCAGGUGAAGUUCACCUUUGCCCCACCCAGUGUUUCCACAAAAAAGGCAAGGUUCCAAGUAUUCAUAUAAACAAGUGUUACUUUAGGACUUGGAGGGUUGGGGGUGGAGGAUGUUUGCAUAGUUUAAGCCUUGGGCGGGGGUGUAGGAAACAGCAAGUACAGAGGCCAUAGAAAAACUGAGAGACUCAGUUUGACGUAGUCAGUCAUCUUAGUCUUACCCAGGUGACUCAAAGCAUUAAAAAUCAGCAUAAUCGGAACUGAAGUUAGUAGCAUCGCCCAUUUGCCAUUCACCGCCGUAGCAAAAUAGUACUCUGUGGUGGUUUAAUCAGCCGGAGGCAGCUCCUUAAAAUGAAAUUUUGUGUUUCAUUCUUCUGCUAUUUUUCCCGAACAUGAAAAGAUGAUAAAACUGAAAUGGAAAAGAUCUAUUCCAGGGGCGAGCUUCACCACUUCAUCGAUGGCUUUAACGAGGAGAAAAGCAACUGGAUGCGCUAUGUGAAUCCUGCGCACUCUGCCCGGGAGCAAAACCUGGCUGCGUGUCAGAACGGGAUGAACGUCUACUUCUACACCGUUAAGCCCAUCCCUGCCAACCAGGAACUUCUUGUGUGGUAUUGUCGGGACUUUGCAGAAAGGCUUCACUACCCUUAUCCCGGAGAGCUGACAAUGAUGAAUCUCACACAAACACAGAACAAUCCAAAGCAACAGAGCACUGAGAAAAGUGAACUUUGCCCAAAAAGUGUCCCAAAGAGAGAGUACAGCGUGAAAGAAAUCCUAAAAUUGGACUCCAACCCCUCCAAAGGAAGGGACUUGUACCAUUCCCACAUUUCACCCCUCACUUCAGAAAAGGACAUGGAUGACUUCAGGAAAAAUGGCAGCCCUGAAAUGCCCUUCUAUCCUCGAGUUGUUUACCCGAUCCGGGCCCCUCUACCAGAAGACUUUUUGAAAGCAUCCCUAGCCUAUGGGAUGGAGAGACCGACUUACAUUACUCACUCUCCUAUUCCAUCCUCCACAACUCCAAGUCCCUCAGCAAGAAGUAGUCCCGACCAAAGCCUAAAAAGCUCCAGUCCUCACAGCAGCCCAGGGAAUACCUUGUCACCUCUGGCUCCUGGCUGUCAAGAACAUCGGGACUCGUACACUUACUUGAAUGCACCCUAUGGAACCGAAGGCUUGGGCUCUUAUCCGGGAUACACACCUCCCUCCCACCUCCCACCAGCUUUCAUCCCCUCUUACAAUACCCACUACCCGAAGUUCCUUUUACCCCCAUAUGGCAUGAAUUGUAACAGCCUGAGUGCUGUGAGUAACAUAAACAGCAUCAACAACUUUGGCCUCUUCCCGAGGUUGUACCCUGUCUAUGGUAACCUCCUGAGUGGGGGCAGCCUGCCUCACCCCAUGCUCAACCCUGCUUCUCUCCCAAGCUCACUGCCCUCAGAAGGAGCUCGGAGGUUACUUCAGCCUGAACAUCCCAGAGACGUGCUUGUCCCUGCACCCCACAGUGCCUUUUCCCUCACCGGGGCUGCCGCCAGCAUGAAGGACAAGGCGUGUAGCCCCACAAGCGGGUCUCCAACAGCGGGCACAGCCGCCACGUCAGAGCAUGUGGUACAACCCAAAGCUACCUCAGCAGCAAUGGCAGCCCCCAGCAGUGAUGAAGCCAUGAAUCUCAUUAAGAGCAAAAGAAACAUGACUGGCUACAAGACACUUCCCUAUCCGCUGAAGAAGCAGAAUGGCAAGAUUAAGUAUGAAUGCAACGUCUGCGCCAAGACUUUUGGCCAGCUCUCGAAUCUAAAGGUCCACCUCCGCGUGCACAGUGGAGAACGGCCUUUCAAGUGUCAGACUUGCAACAAGGGCUUUACUCAGCUUGCCCACCUGCAGAAACACUACCUGGUACACACGGGAGAAAAGCCACAUGAAUGCCAGGUUUGUCACAAACGAUUUAGCAGCACCAGCAAUCUCAAGACCCACCUGCGCCUCCACUCAGGAGAGAAACCUUACCAGUGCAAGGUGUGCCCUGCAAAGUUCACCCAGUUUGUGCACCUGAAACUCCACAAGCGCCUACACACCCGGGAGCGGCCCCACAAGUGUGCCCAGUGCCACAAGAGCUACAUCCACCUCUGCAGCCUCAAGGUCCACCUGAAGGGAAACUGCCCUGUGGUCCCAGCCACCGGGCUGCCCUUGGAGGACCUGACCCGCAUCAACGAAGAGAUUGAGAAGUUUGACAUCAGUGACAAUGCUGACCGGCUUGAGGACAUGGAGGACAACAUUGAUGUGACCUCUGUGGUGGAAAAAGAAAUUCUGGCCAUGGUCAGAAAAGAGAAGGAAGACACUGGCCUCAAAGUUUCUUUGCAGAGAAACAUGGGGAAUGGACUCCUCUCCUCAGGGUGUACCCUUUAUGAAUCAUCAGAGCCUGCCCUCAUGAAGUUGCCUCACAGUCACCCACUACCUCUGGUACCUGUAAAGGUCAAACAAGAAACAGUUGAACCAAUGGAUCCUUAAGAUUUUCAGAAAAUGAAAAGUGUUUUGUUUUUUAACUUAUGACUUGGCGAGUCAGGGUGCCUGUAGCAAAUUGCUUGUACAUAAUUCUACUUCUGCAAAGCUCUCCUGACAGCAGAUGUGAGGGAAACCUCACCUCUCUGGAAUUAAAGAAGGAACUCCAAAGUUACUGAAAUCUCAGGGCAUAAAUGAGGCAAAGACUAUAUAUAUACGUAUUAUAUAUACUUAUUUACACCCACAUCUAUAUAUUUGAACCUGUGUAUUUUGAGUAUUUGUGUGGAUAUGUUUGCAUAGCCUUCCCAUUAAUAAGACUAUUGCCUAGCCAUAAUUAUUUUUUCAAUGAUAAUACUUCAUAAUUUAUUAUGCAAUUUAUCGUUCAGAAAGCAAUAAUUAAAAAAGUUUACAAUGACUGGAAAAAUUCCUUGUAAUUUGAGUAUAAAUGUUAUGUUUUUGUCUUGUGGCCAUUCUUUGUAGAUAAUUCCUGCACAUCGGCUUAAGUACCUAAGAUUUAGCAAACAAAUACAUUACUUCAGUCAACUUCCCUCUAUAAUGUUUGAAAAUGAGGUUGUGGUAUUGCCAAAGUUAGACAGUUGAUGUGUUAAUGCAUAGGAUCAUAUUGCUUGAAUGGCACUGUAGAGCUUGGGGGCAUGUGUGCAGAAUUACCCAGUAACAACUCGAGUAGGAGAAACAAGACAAGAAAUCUUGUGUGUUUCCGUAGAUCAUGCUGAGUCUUUUUUCCCCAGCCACAAUUGUACCCAAAAGGUGACAGGAAGACUUUGCCAACCUGCCUCUCUCUCUAAAAAAGCAGGGUCUCCCCACAUCCCCAGAGUCAUGGGACCAUUCAGAGUGGCCACGUGACUUUUGCAUCCCAAUAUAUUAUCUAAAAAUGUGAAGAAGACAAAAUGCCAUGUUUAAGACCACUGCGAAACUUUGCCGAACCACGGGUGGUUUUGUAUGUGUGAGGUUUGGGGGCUUGAGACUGGGUGUUGUUUUUGUUGUUGGUUAUUUUAUGUAAAAAUUGCACAUACAUGGUGCUCUACCAGGAAGGAGUUUGAGGCAGAUAGGCUCAGGCCACACUUUAAAAAACAAAACAGAAAAACGGGUAUUCUCGUUGUCUUAGGGUAAAAGCAGGUAAUGAACAUUCCUAUCCCCAACACAUCAAUUUUCUUUUUUUCUGUAAAACUGUCCUCAGUAUUUGUGUUUUUACAUUUUAUGGUUAAUUUAAUUGAAGAUGAAAGGGCAUUGCAAAGUUGUUCAACAACAAUUACCUCAUUGAGUAUGUCCAGUAGUACAGGAAAUGGUGUCUUAUCUAAUGAUUUGCUACCCUCGAGAAGAAACCCAAGUGUACUCCCAAAAGAUAGAAUGUGUCAUUUUAUCUUUUGUUCUGCUAAGCCCAAAGAUUACAUGUUGGCAUUCAAGGUGUAGCAAAGAAUGAUAUAUAUUUAUAAAUCUAUUUAUACCACUAUACCAUGUGUAUAUAUAUUUAUAACCACUUAAAUUGUGAGCCAAACCAUGUAAAAGAACCUACUUUUCCUAAGGCCAAAAGAAAAAAAAUUUUUUUUCUGCGACAUUGCUUAACCCUCAAUAACCUCAGAAUCACAUUGGUGUGCUGCUUGGGCCUUGACCUAAACAUAGGUGCAAAGGUGGGGACCACGUAACAACCAGGGAGAAAGAGAAAUCGUUUUUUACUAUAAAAGGACAAUCUAAGACAGCUUUAUUUUUGUUUUGUCACAUUGUGAUUAUGUGGUCACAUCCAAGUCACAGAAGGAACAAUCCUUUUAUUUCCUCUGUUUGCCACCAUAAUUUUUCUCUCUUCCUCUCCCCUUUUAAUACUGAUAUAUCACUGAUCAAUCCGUUUUAUAUAUUCAGUGUUUUGUUGAUGGUAAUUAAUGUCAACCUGCAGAAUAAAACAAAUUUAGGAUAAUCUGGAGAAACCUAAGAUAAGAAGAGCCUUACUGAUCUGUUCCUUUAAAUAGCAAGACUGACAAAUUCUUAGGUAUCAGUGUUUGACAGGUGUAUUCUUAAUCGUAGGUAAACCAAAGCAUCACUCCCCUGACAUCGACACCAAUACUCUCUAUUCUCAGCCACUCGUACGUUCUCUUCUUUUCCUCUUGUGCUUUCUCAUAGUUGAAGAUUUUUACAAAGAUGUGCUUGAGAUGUCUGGCUUCUCUUUAUUUAAUGUUUGACUUUCCCUCUUAGGCCUCUUACAUGUGAAUGUUGAGCCCACAAUCAACAGUGGUUUUAUUUUUUUUCCUCUACUCAAAGUUAAAACUGACCAAAGUUACUGGCUUUUUACUUUGCUAGAACAACAAACUAUCUUAUGUUUACGUAUUGGUUUACAUUGUUAUUUAUGUGCAAAUUGUCAAAAUGUAAAUUAAAUAUAAAUGUUCAUGCUUUACCAAUGCUUGUCUAGUGUCUUGAGUGAGGGGCCAGUGAGUGACAUCUUACCCAUACUGUAAGGGUGGCCCUGGAACAAAAUUUGGACACAACGCAAUUUGUUUCCACCUUGCUUACCUUUCUGUUUCAAGCAGCCAGCAAUGAUUCCAACCCCCUCCUUACCCCGCCCCGAGUCAGGGACUACACUUGUGAGUGAGGUGAUACCACUGAUGUGUUGUGUCUUUCAAAAGUGUCAACUGUGUAAGAUUUUUUCUUUAAUUGUGAGCUAUAAAAGGGUUCUCUAAGAAAGGUAUUUCAAGUGUUAGUCCAUAGUGGGGAAGAGUUGUUUGCUUUUGUUGGACUUUUUGUUUGUUUUCCUUUGUUGACAGGCAUGGGAUGGUAGGGAGGUAAGGAAAACUUGGACUCAUUCCAGGGAUGCCAUCCUAGGCUUGGACCAGUGUGUCUGUAUGUGGAGACUCAGCCCUCUCAUGUGAGGGGCCUUGGGGAAGCCCUUGGAAGCUGGAUCAAGGAAUACUACUUCCAUCGGUGAGGUCAGUUUUGCUCAGGAGCGUGCCAUAGGGCAUAAGGAUUUUUGUGCUUCUGCAUAGUCUUCCUGUCCUGCAGCCCAUGAUGUUUUUCCUUCACAUCUUAACUUGGGAAAUAGAUUUAUUACUGUGCAUUUAAAACAUUCUAGAAAGCUUCUCUUUUACCAGAAUCUGGCAUUGUUGGUUAUCAGGGUGUCAUGGCCAUGUGGUCCCAAGAGGCAUGGGGUAGGAAUGAACCUACCUGCUUGUCCAUUUAUGCUCUAGAAACAAACCUGUCCACAGGAAAAAGGCACACAUAAAUUUAAGUCUCAUUUGACAGGUAUGAAUAGAAGCUAUUUCUCGAAAAGUGAUAAUGCCUUCAGUUAAAAAAGGAUCUAAAAACCCUUUAUAGGUGAUAUUUAUGCUUGCCGUUUUAUCCAUUACCAAGUUCAUGGUUCCAUGCUACCUUCAUGUUAAAAUAAUGCUCCUUCUUACACUGAAUACUCAAAGCUGCCCGAUUUCUUUUUCAAUGUUUCUUCUUUAAAUUCACUUAAAUAUCUGUGCCAAGAAUUUGAAAUGCUGCCAACAUGUAACUGUGGAGUUAAGAAAACCAGAGCCCUAUUGUCAUAAACGUGCCAAAUGGUGCUGGUUGCACUCCUAAAUUCUACAGAACCAUUGUGGUAAUAAUUUUUCAAAACAAAGCCCAAUAAGAUCCAAAGAGUAACAGUUACUGCCAUAAAUCAUCGUUCUUGGCAAAGAACUUGAGGGUUAUAAAUCUUGGGAACACUUGUGGACUUAGCUGUUAAAUGAAACAUUACAUGAAAAGAUAAUGUUCACUAAGCACCCAAGUCCACCAGGCCGAAGUCCACACUGUUGGACUGAGGUUUUAUGCAGCUGUUUGUCAGGCAAGGAAAGAUGAAGAAGUCACCUUUUUCUGAGUCUUUAUUCAACAAAAUAAAAGCUCUGUGCAGAAAUUAUGUAUUUGAUUUCCUAUAGGGUAAUAGAAUAUACAGUUUUAUGAGAGUUUAUAGUCUUAUUUCUAGAUUUUUUUUUUCCCUUGGGAGAAAGAAACCAAUUUAGGACCCAUAAAUUGGUAUAAAUGAGUUUAUUCCUUUGUGUGUGUGUGUGUGUGAUAGAUUCCUUCCCAUAGCAUCUUUAAAAGGAGAUAAUGUGAAAAGGCCAGAACAGAGGUAUGAAAGUAAUUAGAGGCACAUGGUAGAGGGUUUCUAACAUAAAACCAGGCCUCUAGGAUAAUAAGUCUAGAAGAGAAAGCUGUACCACAGAGGGUGGCAGCAGAACCAUCGACUAGGAGAGAAGUUGGUAUGUCUAUUGAACCAAUCCAGAAGAUGCUUUUAUUUCCUUUAAGAGACCAUAGAGUUCUUUGUUCGUAAUACAUCCAUUUGAUUACCAGCUUCUGACCUGAAGAAAUAAGAUCAUUCUGAGCAUUGGCUAUUUCCUUUGGAGUCCACUUUUGGGUAUAUAGCAGCUUCAAGAAAAGUUGUAGGGCCCAUGGACAAGCUUCCCUUCACAUUCAUUUCCAAGCUUCAAAUCCUCAGAGCCCACAAGUCCAUUUGCUAGAAGUGCUGUUGACAGCUGCUCUCUAAAUAAGUAAGAAGUGAUUUUAAUCUCAAUAGAGUCUUAAUCAUGUAAUUUAGGCAAAAACUCAGCAAGACUUUAAGAAGUUAUUUUUAACUUGACUUAUGCAAACACUCUUCAUUGCCCAAUUCACAGGAUACUAUAAACUAACAAACCCUCUCCUAGCUUGUUCUUCCUUCCAGGUUUGAAAAGUAGUGAACCAGAGUCAGCCAUGUACAAAUUUCCUUCUUUCUAAAUUUAAGGUAGGUUUUCACCACUUUCUUUAUUUAACACAAACAUGAAUGUAAUCAUCUUGUGCUUUUCCUCUAAACCUAUCAUGAAAGAAAGAGGAAAUGACAGGUAAGGUAAUUUUGGUAAGAAGUGUUUCAGUGUGUUAACAAUUCCUAAUGGAAUUGUGACAAUACUCCUCAUCUUUAGGUAUCUGAAGGAUUUACCUAUAGAUGACGGUAGCCAGCUGUUCUCCACUGCAAAUGAGGAAUGAAAUCUAACCAUAGCAGAAGGGACAAAGCGUAAUGCCUAUCCUUAGGGUUUGUAACACAACGGAUUCCUUUCCAUGGGAAGGAGUAGAGUCUCCUUCCACGGAGGGCUUAGAGAGGAGUCAGCUUGUUUUAAAGCACAGGAUGAACAAGACGUUGUGGCAAGCCUUCCUAGGCCUAUAAUUCAAAGAUUUCACAUACCUGGGGACAAGAUAGAUGUAAGGCUUUGGUAGAAAAUUUAAGCUUCUUUUAUCUUCGUGGGUGGUGCAGACGGUUAUAUAUUCAUAUGAAAGGCAUACCUGGAGAACCUAAUUCUGAAGCAACUUCCACGAUAACAUGAAAGGAACUGUGCUGUAUAUGUUGUAAAAUGUUUGAACAGUUCUCACACAUUUGGGUUCCCAGGAAUUCUGAAGAAGAUGGAAAAUGAUAAAUGGUUCCACUCUCAAAUAGCAUCAUUGCACCUGGCACUCUGUAAGGCAACCCCAGGCUAGUAGCCUUUCAUCACUGUUAUUACCUGGGAAGAGAAGGGACCAUCUCUACCUUCUCUUCUCCCAUCAACACUACUUCCCUUGAGUAAUACUUCCCAUCUACACAGACAACGGAAGUGAGACACACCCUUGUCCCCUCCCGUGUAACCCUCUGUUGCCUCCCUAGUUUCAACUGUAAGUAACUGACAGCGAUUUGCUUUGAGACCAACCGAGGAGCAUUUAUGGAGUGACUUCAACUCCUUCUGGCACGGUUCCCAGGGCCAAAGCUUAAAACUACACCCCAAGUGGGAACUGAGACCAUGAGCGCCUGCUGUCAUGGAAAGAGUAGUGAACCAGGAGUUUGGAUGCUUUGUUCUAGCCCUGGUGCAGCCCCUGAUUAACUGUGUGAUCUUGAGAAAGUCCUGGAACCUCCCUGGGCCUUAGUUUCCUGAUUCAUAAAGCAAAGGAGUCGUAUCUGGGUUGUCUUGCAGCUCUUUCGGAAGUCUUGCAUCUCUUAAUAUGCUAAGAUUCCAUAUUUCUCUUAUUUCCUUUUUGUCUGUUUUCCUUGGAACUCUGACUGUCGCUAUAGGCAGAUAUUUGUAAUUUAGAGAGCAGAUGUCAGAGAAAAUGGAAAUGAGGGGCAGGCUUGUAUGGAAACAAAUAUUGUGGCUUCUUUUGGCAAAAGAGAGUAGGCUUGCAAAGGUUCUGCUAAUUUGUAAGAACCAUGAACUUUCCCCAGGAAUUAAUAUGCUCAUCUGAAAGGAAUCAGGAUUCUUUCAAUGGAAAUAAUGGGUUGUGCUUAAAUCGAACUUCUGCUAGAAUAAAAUACCAUGAAUUCUAGGAUGUUUAGUUUAGUGGGUUUUUGUUUUCUCUUCUUGAUCUUUUAUUUGGUUUAAGCAAAGGCAUACUUGUGAGACAACUGGGAAACAUUUAAGCUUGAAGCCACAAAAAGGAAAACCAAGAAAAAACUAAGCCAGCUACCAUCAAGUCAAUUUCGACUCACAGCGAUGCUGUAGGACAGAGUAGGACUGCCCCAUCGGGUUUCCAGGGAGCAGCUGGUGGAUUCGAACUGCCAAGCUCUUGGUUAGCAGCUGAGCUCUUAACCACCGUGCCACCAGGGGUCCACAAAUAGGAAAGGGGAACCAAAAUAUUGGUAGCUAAAGAAGAGAAUGAGUGAAUAACUACCAAAGAAGACAUUGAAAGAAACAUUUCGGUUACCAUGAAAGAAACAUUUCAGUUAGCAAAGCAAUCAAGGCCUCAAUACCGUUUUAACCGCUCAAGGUUUAAAAAGGGAGUAAAGAAAAAUUAAACACAAAGGGGGAGGAGGAGAUACGGAAAGGUUAAGCCAAGACAGAAACUGCGAAUAGAUAGAUGUGAAAGGGGUUGAAAAUAAGUGAAAAGUGAAAAAUUGCUUUAUGAAUAAACCGUUAAAAAAUAGUGAGUGAAAAAGCGAUUGUGCUUCCAGUUAUUACUGAAUCACGAGCUCGUGGAAGCCAGAGCCUGACCCGAGCGGCAAGUCCGGGCUUAACCUACACUGCAGCAGUUGGUGCAUUGCCGUUCCUGUGGGCGGCCUCCGUUUUCUACUUGAGUGUUCAGUUUCAUUGUGAUUACCCUCCAUCACAGACGCAUGUGGGCCAUCUUAACGCCUUGCACCCAAAAAAACAUGACUUGGUCAUCUCUCCAACCUGCUGACACUACAAGGCGGGUGGUACCCUCCAGAGGAUGUAAAAGACACAGACAAACCAAGCAGUGAGGGCGAGGGGAAGGUAGCAGACCUUAGAGUUAGAAGAAGCCCGAGGAGUUUGUGAGGCCUGAAUUCAUGAAGCCAUGGUCUGCCACUGCUUUUUUUCUGAAAAUGAAAACAAUCUGCUUCAAGAUGGUUGCCGAAUCUAGUAUGUUGGAGUCACCCUAAUUUUGUACUCAGUCUUCUUGUCAUUCCCUGGUGGCUCUCUGAUGAGUCUCUUCCUUGCUGAGAGCCGACAGAAUACCCUUCUCAGGUUACAUCUGGGCUCAGGCCUGGCAAACUAAAUGCCAGUCAUAGCAACACUCCCUACACUCCUUUGCAUGCUUGGGGAAGUAUAGAGAGCACUAGGAAGUAGACCAGUACUACCAGUGUGGCUCCACCCUCCAAGCCUCCAGGAAGAGGAGUGACGGAAUGGAAGUAUCCAGGGGCCCACUGGAAGACUGGCAAAACUGUCAUGAAGAUGAGCUCGUACCAAGUGGUACAGGCCAUUUCUGAAGCUGUAGGGCUGCUCCCCUUCUUAUUGCAAAUGUAGAAUCAGUUGCCCAGUUGUCAUACAGUUGACCUCGACUCACGGCGACCCCAUGAGUGUCAGAGUAGAACUGUACUCCAUAGGGUUUGCAAUGGCUGAUUUUUUUUUUUAAUGUGAUCUUCCCUCAAUGCUAGGAGGUAUUAUUUUUAUUUUAUACAUGAGAAAACCGAGGCUUAGAGGAUUUAUACAACUUUCCCAAGUCAAUACAGGAGACAAGUAUCAGAGUAGCAAUUCAAACCCACGAAGUCUGCUCCCAGGGCUUAGAUUCCUUUUUUUUUCAAUUGUACUUUAGAUGAAGGUUUACAGAACACACUAGCUUCUCAUUAAACAGUUAGUACACAUAUUGUUUAUGAUAUUGGUUAACAACCCCAGGACAUGUCAACACUCCCCUUUCUUGACCUCGGGUUCCUUAUUACCAGCUUUCCUGUCCCCUCCUGCCUCUUAGUCCUUGCCCCCGGGCUGGUGUGCCCCUUUAGUCUUGUUUUGUUUUAUAGGCCUGUCUAAUCUUUGGCUGAAGGGUGAACCUCAGUGUUGACUUCAUUACUGAGCUAAAAUGAUGUCCAGGGACCAUACUCUCAGGGUUUCUCCAGUCUCUAUCAGGCCAGUAAGUCUGGUCCUUUUUUGUGUUAGAAUUUUGUUCUACAUUU